UGCUUCCUCAUGUCUCUCUCCCUCUGCGUACCUAUAAAAAGAGCAGAAUUAAUAUCUUGUCUCACAGAGUUAAGGCUCCUCCAGUACUGUCAAAACUAGUAAGGAAAUCAAACGACUAGAGCUUGUGAGAGAUUUGGUUCAAUUUGCUAGAUGGUUAAGCAAAAGAUUGUUCUCAGGUUGGCACUCGAUGACGAGAGGAAGAGGAGGAAAGCCUUCAAGGCUGCCGUUGGCACCACAGGUGUGACAUCCGCAACGUUGGAGGGGGACAAGAUCAUCAUAGUCGGCGAUGGGGUCGAUCCCAUCACGCUGACGACGAUGCUCCGGCGCGGCCUUGGCUACGCCGAGCUCCUCAGCGUAUCGUCCGGCGAUGACAAGAAGAAGGACAGCUACGGUUACGUCGGCGGAGAAAAGAAGAAGGACGGCAGCUAUGGCUACGGCGGAGCAGACGGCACCAAGGACAGCGGCGGCUCACACUCCAAGGGUGGUAGCAGCGGUGCUGGUGUUGGAGGCGUUCACCAUCAGAACGCGGUGUCGCCUGUAGUCCCGUACCCUGCAUACCAGCAGCAGUAUAACACCGUGCCGUCUUACCCUGUUUACUCCUACUCUCCUUAUCAGCAGCAACAAGAACCAGAUCCUGGCUGCAGUAUAAUGUAGGUGACCGUGUCCGGAGAAAAAAAAAGGAUUGGAGAUCAGAAUACCUGUCCUGAAACGCAAGUGUGCUUAUCUCCACUUAAAUCCUGUUCAGCAUCGCGCACCAACCAUACAGGGAUUAAGAUGUACUUGUUCUAGUCUAGAUUAUAUACACACUGUGGCAAAACGAUGAUCAAGCAACCACUGUACGAAUAAAAUCAUCCCUGCCUAAAUUUAAGUGGGGCAAACUUGUGUCGCAA